ACUGCACAAAAGCGUUACAUCGCCGGAAAAAAUAAACAACGAAAGAAACACGGAAUUGUUUUGCAGUAGGUGUAGCUAGUUCGACAUUGCACACUAAAUUCAAGUCUGUAAAGCACGGGUGAAUAAAAUCAAAUUUAAACACGGCUAUUUAAUAAUGCAGACCCCAGUCGUUAGUGUACACGCCGGGUUGAAGUCAAACGUUGGGAGUGUUUUGCCGUAUGUUGCUGACUGUUCAAGCGAGCACCCAGCUAGCAUGAAGGAGUUUGAGAUAAAAGACGUUUUGCGCCAUAUCGGCGCGAAUCACAAGCAGACGUGCCCUGAACUCGAGAAAGUUAAAGAAUGCAUCACGGAAGCUUUACAGCUCCUGAUGCAACACAGAGACUCAGUCAUAGAGAUCGCUGGCGCGUUGGAAUACAUUACGCUUCGUAAGGCUGUGGAUGUGCAAGUCUGCUUUCACCUCCAGAGGGCCAACCAGUUCAUCACAGACGCAAUACAGGCAGGACACAUCAGACGACGCCAGCGCAUUCACACGAGAGAGCGGCCCUAUCAGUGUCAGCAGUGUGGGAAAAGCUUUUCGCAAGCGGCAAAUCUCCACCAGCACCAGCAGCAGCAGCACAUGCACGUCGGGGACAAGCCCCUCGACUGCCACCUCUGCGGGAAGACCUUACCACAGGCAGGCCACCUGGGAGGACACCAGUGCACUCUGCCCGUCGGGGACAAGCCCUACCACUGCAUUCUGUGCGGCAAGAGUUUCUCCAAGGCGGGAAACCUCCGAGCGCACCAACGCACGCACACGGGGGAGAAACCCUAUUGCUGUGCACAGUGCGGGAAGCGAUUUUCGAAGGCGGGAAAUCUCAAGGCGCACCAGCACAUUCACACGGGAGUCAGACCCUUUGGCUGCCCGCAAUGUGGCAAGAGCUUUUCGAAGGCGGGAAACCUGAAAGCCCACCAACGCAUUCACACCGGAGACAAGCCCUAUGGCUGUGGACAGUGCGGGAAAAGCUUUUCACGGGCGGGGACUCUCCAGCACCACCAGCUCAUUCACACGGGAGAGAAGCCAUACAACUGCUCCCAGUGUGGCAAGCAUUUCUCCCAGGCUGGAAAUCUCAAACACCACCUCGACAGAAGAUGCUGCGUUGCGGAAGACAGUCAGUUCAUGAUCAGGACGCCUGAAGCUCAGCAGCGUUUCAAAUCGGCUCCCAACAUAUUUGAGUAUCUGUCUCAGAAAAUGACCAUGCCCCCACCUGAAAAUGCCCACAGUCUGUCAAAUGUAUGAGUAAUGUGAUGUAUUCAAACAAUUUCAAUUUGAUUGAUAUUGAUUACCAAUCAAUAUCAAUCAUACUGUACCAUGUGUCACCAAUGUAGUGGGAUGAAGUCGGGUCACCUAUAUGGGUGUGACUUUCCAUUGGACUCUAUUUAUUCUCCUGAUCUCCUAGGCUCCUUCUCAAUAUCCAACCUCCUAUUCUCUCCUUUUGCUUGUGGCCUUGUACUUCCCGGAUGCCCCGCCUCCGUGGAGAAAACGAUAAAGUUUCCCAGCAGUAUAAUAAACGAUUUAAGUUUCACAACCUAGGCACUUCAACUUUUGGUGGACCAACAUCAACAUCCUGAUUGCAAAUGAGAAAAUGACCUUUAAACUCUGCUUUUGAGCAGAGGUAGCCAAAGUAAAUGUAUAGUGCAAGUACAACACUAGCACAUACAGUAUAUUACCUAGUGGUAACACCUGCUAUUCCAGUCUACCUAAUGAGGUGGCUAAACACUAGUGUUACUGAAAUAAAAACCUAAGAAGAAAAUCACCAAAUUUGAUCCAAACAGUGCAUAAUCGGAGACAUCGCUCUAUUGCAGUGGUUCUAUUUUGAACGCCCCCUUGACCUCACCAUAAGCAUCCCAAUGCCCCCUUGAACACAUCAUCAGCCUGCAAACGCUCCCCUCCGUAUCGAAAAAUAAAAUGGACUAAUGCCCCCCAAUGGGGACUACACCCUGCCCCCCACUCGGCUGUAUCCUUAUCAACGUCCCCUUAGGGGUCCCCAACCCUGAGGGGCUGUAGUGCCCCUGUUGGGAUACAUUACUCUAUAGCAAGGGUCCCCAAACUUUUUUCUCUGGGGGCCACAUUAUCGUUCCAGAUUGUGAUCAGGGGCCGGGAUCAAUCAUGUGGGCUUUAUCCUAGGCCACUGCCUGUUAUAACCAUAAUGUCUAGCCAAAAAUAGUUCAUCAUUACAAGUGAUUGAAAAACAUGUGAAGUACUCACUUCUUUUGCAAAUUUGAAAUACCACAGGUAUUCCUUUUAAUGUCUAAUAACCAUGUAAAAAUACCAAGGAAAGGUAAGAAAAAUAUGGUUGAUUGACAGUUUAUGAAGGAUACAAUAGAAAUGGUAGGCCUGUUUAUGUAACAGUGAGAUGAGCAACUAUCAAGACAAGAUAGGAUUGCUUCUUUGGAGCAGUUCAAAUGGUGAGGUGCAGAGAGGUGGAGGGCCGGUCAAAGGGGCAUGGCGGGCCGCAUCCGGCCACCAGGCCUUAGUUUGGGACCCCUGCUUUAUAGUAACAGUAGACCAUUUACUCAGUCAAGUUACUUGUGUUGGAAUGAAAUUAUGGUUAGUUUUUUAGUUUUUUGCUUGUACUUGGGCUACCUCUGCUUGAAAGAUAUUGGAAAAAAAACCUUCUAUUUCCAAUGACGUAUUGACUCGCAUCCAAAGGCCAUAAGCACAAGGAGAGAAUGGGAGGUUAGAUAUUGAAAUGGACCCUAGUCCCCGAAAGGGGCAUGGCUGCCAAAGGAUUGCAGCUUAAAACCUUAUGUCACGUGCACUACCGUUCAAAAGUUUGGGGUCACCCACAUUUUUCCAGUUAUUUUUCAUUCAAGCUGUAGACAUCCAUUAAAUAGCCUCAAAUGGUAAAUGUAAGUACUGAACAGUAAGACAUGAAACAAAUCCCAUGAGAUUGGUUAAACUGAACAAAAAAAGGGAAAUCUAACCAACCUUUUUCACACAUUUAUUACAUAGGAAUACUUUAAAGCCUUUUUCUAUAGACAUUUCUUUGGUUAACUAGAGAAUGGAUGGGACCUCUGGAAAGGUCUGUUUAUGCCCUUUCCAGGUUUAUGGCAUAUGUUGCGUUGCAACCUCAGCUUCAAAUUCAAAUAAUUUCAAAAAGCGGUACUAAUUUCUACCUUUCAGAAUGAACCUGAUUGGACCUGUUAUGAUGAAUUCACAAAAGAUGGUCGAGGACAUGUUUCCAAAAUAAAACCGUUGAACAGUAAAUAAUCAUUUAUCAGUUAUCACCAGACUACUGUAUAUCACAAGGGAUACAUAGUGUGGGGACCACCUACGUAAUUUCUCGUGUUGGAGGUGAAGUUUUCCGAUCGCCUAUGGCCAUUUAGUUGUUGUUAUGUGUCAUUUGGCUUAUAGUUUGCCCAUAGCCAGCAGUGUCGGUUGUAUUCAAAGAACCUACAAGCUUCCAGUUGUCGAGUAAUAGACCUACGCAUCAUAUUUGUACCCCUCCCCACUCUUGGAUUGGCUCGUUAUCUCAAGAUAGCGCUUUGGAAUGAGCAUUCAUGCUGUCUUUCAGAUCAGAACAAUCAUAGAGAGCAGCAAUGGAAUUUUCCAGGCUGCCUAUCAUCUGUGUAAUCUCACCAGAUUGGAGACUUUUUGAAGGUCUAGGACCAAAACAGCAAAAUGGUCAGUGUGCUGGAGUUAUUCUCUCUGAAAUUGUCUGACCCAUGGGCCAUCUCCUAUGCAGCUGCCAGUGGAGGUGUGCAUGAAGAAAGUUAACCCAAUAUUAAGGGAAAAGUUUAAGACACUCUUAAUUUAGUUGAGUGAGCGGUGUAUCAUACCACUCACCCUUAUCACAGUACAGUUAAGUCACAAUGGGUUUUGAUGUUGCCUGAAAGCUUUUAUAGACAUGUUUUUUUUUUAGAAAUGGUGUUGCUGUUUUAAAGCAUUGUCUCUGACUCGCUUCACAAACAACCUGGAAAACAACAAUCAAUAUGAACUAGGUAAAUGAUGGUGAUGUGUUGUCUUUUGUGUUUAAAUGGGUUUUAGAAACAAGCUGGAUCAGACGUGGCUUCAGUCCUGAGGUAUGAUAUGUUGUAUUGUAUGUGUUAUGCAAUGUGAAAAUAUUAAACAUUUUAUAUGAAC